UUGGAAAGAGGCAGAAUAUAAGAAAAAGGGGGCGGAGCGUUUCUGGCUUGUUCGAAAAGGAGCUGUCAUAGUAGAUUCCCGCGUGAAAGGGGUGGGGAAUUUGUUGUCAUGUGAUGGGAUAAGAUGGCGGUGUCUACGGAAGGUUCAGACUUGGAAGCCUCAUUGCUGAGCUUUGAAAAGUUGGACAGGGCAUCUCCAGACCUGUGGCCAGAGCAAUUACCAGGUGUUGCUGAAUUUGCAGCUUCUUUUAAAAGUCCCAUCACCAGUUCUCCACCUAAAUGGAUGGCUGAAUUGGAAAAUGAUGAUAUUGACAUGUUGCGAGAGCUGGGAAGUCUCACCACAGCUAAUCUGAUGGAGAAGGUUAGAGGUUUACAGAAUUUGGCAUACCAGUUGGGGCUGGAUGAAUCAAGAGAAAUGACUAGAGGGAAAUUCCUGAACAUCCUGGAGAAACCCAAAAAGUAAAUGAAUGUGGACUACACUUAAAAAAAGCAGCAGCACCUUGUUAUUUCAGAACUACUAGAAUGUCCACAUAAGCUGAAAUGAAAGGACCAAGCUUGCCAAAAUGUUCCUUAUCUCACCUUUCUUUUGAGGAUAAAUAUUCCAGAUUAUUUCAGCGUUGACCACCAUCAGUUCUCUUAACCUCCUGGCUCCAGCUGAUCCUGCCCUAUUUACCAGAAUAAUUUCCUGCAAUCCAGUCAAAAGAAAGGGCUCAUCUGCAGUUGGUUGUUGCAUACAACUAUAAUAAUAUGCAUCUUGUGAUAAUGUCCCCAAGCAGUACACAGCAUGGCACUUCUGUAUGUAUAUCCAUCCCUUACUACAAGACAAGCACUUUAUAAUACCUACUGCAUUGCUGGACACAGGCAUAAUUCUGGAUGAAAACUGACUAUUGUUCUUUAAUACAGAUAAUCCUAACUUUAUUAUUAUAGAAGUUAGAAAUCUAUAUUGAUUUUUACUAGGUACAAAGGUUACAGAAAAAAUAUAGAUCGUAUCAUUCUUUUUCUUGCACAUUCAUAUAAUUUUAGAUACAGGAUGGGAGGGGAGACUACAUUCCAACAAAUUUCUUUCUGGUUGAUUUUAAGCUACCCAAAUGUGACUGGAGUGGAAAUGUGAAGAGAAAACUAAAAAGAAAAACCACUCCCAUAUAAAAAAAAACCUGUGGCCUGUGCUCAGCUUACUCAUCCACUCUUUGGCUCAGCUUCAGAUCUCUUAAAAUAUGUCUAAAGGCAAAAUAAAAUCUUUGCCAUAUCAGAAUUUUCCCAAACACAAAUAAUGUCUUUUUAGGGUGCCCCUGGUUUGUAUUAUAUUCAUAGCUCUAGAAAAGAUAUCUCCAAAUUGGAUUUCUCUUUCCAAUAUAGUUAUACAUAGAAGACAUUUUGUGUUUAGAAACUACAAGUUAUAUAUAGAAGAGCCAUGGUUUCAGUUUGAGUCCCCUUCUUUUCCAGAAAUAUAUUUAAAAUACUGGUUCACAAGAAAGCAGGUCAAGUCUUUUCCUUGCAUUGGUUUCUCUAGAAUGAAGCACUGGAUAGUCUUCCUGAACCUGGUACUUGUCAGAUUUAUUAGGUAUGGUGACCUGGGGAAUCUUGGAACUGAAAUCAGCACAUCCAAAAAGUGUUAAAUUAGGGAGGGUUGUGCUAGUAACAUUUGGAGAACAAUCAGACUAAAGUUAAGCACUUUAUGUCUCAUUAAUCUGGAAGUGAUAUUAGAGUAUCCCCCAUUGUGAAAUAAGCAGAAUUAAGAAAAGCCUGAUUUUGGAUUUUGGCCUGUAUAUUUUAGUAAAAGCCGUUUUUCUCUGGGUCAAAAACAAGCAUUUAAUAUUGGAUUGUCAAAAAGUUUGAUUUUUAUUUAUUUGGCUAUCCAAACAACUCUUUGAACUUUUCAGCAUGCAACUGUACAUUGUUCAAUUUACAGAAGCUAUAAGGCAAGUUUGGAAAUGUAAGAAUGCAAUAUAAGCAACAAAACAAAUAUGCAAUUUAAUAUAUGAACUCUAAGCAUUUCUGUGUUCUGGUACUUUGUAAACUACGUGGGUAAGAGAUUUCUGGUGUAGGGCAAAUCAGCCAGAUUUCCAUUUUAAAUUAUUAUUAUAUAUACUGUAUUUUUUUCUGGAACAGAAUGGAUAGAGCCUUCUCUCAUUCUAAACAUAUGCCAUAGAUCAGAUGGCAAUUCACAAAGUUUGUCCUGACAAGUCAAGUUUUUGUCAGGACACUAUAUUUUCAGGCCUAAUAUUCACAUCUGAAAAUGUUACAUGAUGAUAGCAAAACUGUAAAUGAUGGUGAACAGCUAGCAAAAUGAUUUUAAGAGCAGGAAAAACUGUGUUUACUGCUCAGAAAAAAAAAGGCAAGUUUGUUUUUUAAAUUAUAACCUAAUAUUUAUAUUUCUGCUUAGGAAUACUUUUUUGUUUAUUGGUUUUAAUGUAUUAUAAGUGUAUCCAGUCAAAGUUGAGCAUUUUGAAACAUGCUAAUAAUUGGAGGGUGAGGGAGAGAAAGAUAGAUUUUAAAUCUCACAUUAAAAACAAAGUGGUUGUCUUUUGCUGUAUUAUAAUCUCUACAAAAUACAUUUGGAGCCUGGGUUAUGGGCAAUUUAUAGAGAAAGUCUAUAUUGCCAGGAUCUGUUUAGUUAACCCUUUUGCAUUUGAAAACAUUUCUUUUUAUUCUAUAAAUCUGUAAUUUUGAACAUAUACCAAAUUAUUGGUAUGUCCUUUAGAGAUAUUUACAUUUUUCAUGCAUAGACACACUGGAUAAGUAUUUAGUACAUGCUGUAUUGCCCUACAUCAGUAAUUUGUAUGUUACAGUUCUGUACUUUUGAUAGUAAGUAAAACAAAACAAGUUACAUUUUUGAAAGCAUUCCUAUGAAAUCUAGACUGUUGAAUCAUACUUCUUAGAAAAAUCUCAGACUGACACUAUGCAUAUUUGUGUGUUCAGAUUUUCUAUUGGAUUUGGUGGGACUUAUUCUCAAGUAAGUAUGCAUACACUUUUAUUAUUAAUAGGAAAAAACCAUGCUGGUUUGCUUCAGACAGGUUAAUGUAUCUUCAUCCUUUUAACAGGAAAAUGUCAGCCAUCUCAAAAAGCUGUUUACUAAUGUAUUUUAUUUGCAUUUGGGGUAUAUUUAAAUAUAUUUUAUGAUUCAAUAUUUUAAAAAGAAUAAAGCUUUGAAAGUGGAAUUGAAAAAGAAUAAAUCCCAGUUCUAUUGAACUUUGAA